AUGACAUCACCAUUGGCAAAUGCAGUGGAAGAGGGCAAGGUUGAAGAUGUCCAGGACAUUCUAUGACUGGAUGUGCGAGGCUGUUUAUACACAGCCAGGCGUGCGUCUCUGCACUGCUUAAAGGGUUCCAUGCUGGCGCCCAUGUUUACUGGACGCUUUCCUCUGAAAGUGCAUGAAUCAGGAGCAUGUCUAAUUGAUCAAGAUGGAAACCUGUUUAAAUAUCUUUUGGAUUAUCUUAAUGGAGAAAUUCAGAUUCCUGAAGAUGAAAAAGUUAGAACUGCAUUGCAGGAGGAAGCAGAUUAUUUUGGAAUCCCUUAUCCAUACAGUCUGUCUGAUCAUUUGGCUAAUGAAAUGGAAGUACACUCUUCAAGGUCCAAUAUAGAGCUUAAAAAGGAUUUGUUGGAUUUCUGUGAUUCUUACAAUUUAGUUUGCACCAAGCCUACAGUUUAACUCCUGCACUAUCUCAACACUUCUGGAGCAAGCUGUGAAAGUAAAAUUAUUGGUGUGUAUACCACAAGAGCAGAUGGGACUGAUGCAAUUAAUAAGGCGCUAGUAAUGAAAAUUCAUGGUAAAAUCAUGUACAAAUCUGAAAUAACACCCAAUACCAUCUGGAGCUAUUACUUGGUAGCUGAGCUGAAAAAGAUGAUGGAUGCUUUUGAUGCCUGGGAAGGGAGAGGUGUCAGCUACUGCAGAGUGCCUCAGGAGCUGAUUGAAUGUCAGACUCUGGAAGAACCCCUGAGAGGCAGUUUGCACCAUAUGCCUCCAGUUUAUAAAAGAUGAUUAAUUGACUGUACUGAAGUAGAAAGCUGUUUACCAUGUAAAGUAGGUCUCCAGCCAAUUAAAUUCUCAGGUCCCUGAACAAGUACCCACAUAAAAGUAAAAAAUUCGGUCCGUUCAGAUCAGGAGGGCACAACCUCAGCUUGUGUGCAGCAAAGCACAGAAGUUGAGGUCAAAGUGCCGUGGUUUAAAGAAAAAGCCUCCCUCCUUCCCCUCGUGCAGGCUGGAGCAGACAUUCUUGUAGCAGGGCAAAUGUUGAGUAAUGAUACUGAAACAAAGAGCUGCUGUAUGUUUCUAUCAGCAGAGGAAAGGCAAGUUUGGAUUGUUGAUUUUCAAGAGCCCUUUUAG